AAAUUUUCGUUCAUUAUUCUCUUGUGCGUUCCGAUGAAAAGUCCUUCAUAUGGAUUGGUUCAGUUGCCUACUUUUUCUAAGCGCUGUCACCAGAUUAAUAUUGCGAUCGAUACUCAUAAAAGGAUAGCAACGAUUGCGAAGCCUCCAGAUGCUCUACUAAAGGCUGUUUUUCAAGUCUGGAGAAACUUUAUUUCCGUCCUUUAUCGUGCCCGGAUUCAUCUACUAUCAGGCGCUGUAGCUAGAGGAGUUUCCGUAUUUGCUAUGUAUCCAAUAGACACGAUAAAGACCAGAUUGCAGUUGGAAACAAGUCGCGGAGUAGCUAAUUAUUGGCAUUCGUUGCGCAAAGCGUUAUCAAAGCCAAAGUACUUGUAUUGGGGAGUUGUUUCUACUCUAAUUGGUCAGGUACCAUAUGGAAUGCUGACUUUUGGGUCUUAUGAAAUCUACAAAAGCUGGCUCACCGGUAGUUUACGUGCCUCUUCUCGACUUGUUAUUGUGCUGGCUGCUAUCAUGGGAGAUUUAACAGGUUCUUUAUGGCUUUGCCCAUCAGAAGUUGUCAAGUCUCGAUUACAAGCAGGUCAAUACUCAAAUACUUUGGAUGCAAUUAGGAAAAUAUUUAUGACUCAAGGAUUGAAAGGGUUUUAUCAAGGAUACGUAGGUCAAAUAGCACGAGAUAUCCCAUUUCGAGCCAUUCAGUUGCUCAGCUAUGAAGAGUUGAGGUGGCGAUAUCGUCAAUGGAAGAAAUUAUCAUCUAUCGAAGACCUGAGUAACAUAGAAAAUCUCGUCAUUGGUUUGGUUUCUGGAAGUGUUACAGCUGCUGUGACGACACCUUUGGAUGUUUUAAAGACUAGAUUAAUGACACAGCCGAUAGGAGUAUCAACUAUUGCCUAUAGCAGUGCAUGGGAUUGUGCAAGGCAAUUGGUACAACACGAGGGUUUGCAAGCAUUUUGGAAAGGUCUUGGUCCACGAGUAUUUUAUAUUGGUCCAAGUGGUGCCAUAUUCUUUGUAGUCUAUGAGGGAAUGAAACGAAUGUUAUCUCAAUCAUCGUUAUAAAUGCUUAGAAAGAACUUUGCAUGUUGAGUGGAAAUUGGUUAA